AUGAGGGAAGUGAUCAUGUUCGUGAGGAUAACGAAAUUAUUCGGGAGCCUAGCUGCUAAUGGAGUCCUGAAUUGCCCGCUCCCUGUGAAGUAUAUGGAAGGAAAUUAA